AUGCCCGCUCGCGUCACUCCGCGGGCGGAGGACGCACGUCGGGGCGCGGCUCCCUGGCUCGCGCGCGACUCGGGCUCUGUCACUCGCGCCCUGCGGAGAACUCGGCGCGCCCGAGUGCCUGCCUGGCGGUGGCGGCAACAAUGCACGGAGCAGCCCGCGCUCCGGCCACCAGCGUGAGUGCGGACUGCUGCAUCCCGGCCGGCUUGCGCCUAGGGCCGGUGCCAGGCACCUUCAAGCUGGGCAAGUACCUGUCAGACCGCAGGGAGCCCGGGCCCAAGAAAAAGGUGCGCAUGGUGAGAGGGGAGCUGGUGGACGAAUCGGGGGGCUCCCCUCUGGAGUGGAUAGGGUUAAUCCGGGCAGCCAGGAACCCCCAGGAACAGACUCUGGAAGCUAUUGCAGACUUACCCGGAGGACAGAUCUUCUACCGAGCGUUGCGAGACGUCCAGCCAGGGGAAGAGCUGACCGUGUGGUAUUCCAAUUCCUUGGCUCAGUGGUUCGACAUCCCCACCACGGCGACUCCGACUCACGACGAGAAAGGGGAGGAGCGCUACAUUUGCUGGUACUGCUGGAGGACGUUUAGAUACCCCAACAGCCUUAAGGCACACCUGCGUUUCCACUGCGUGCUCAGCGGCGGCGGGGGCGGCGCCUUCUUGCACCACGAGCACGCAGCUCGCCAAGGUGCUGCCCCAGCGGCGGAUGGCCUCGGACUCUCCCCGAAACCCUCCGCGCCCGACUUCGGCGCGCCCGCCCAGGCAGGCACUUUGCGGCCCCACCCGCAGGGCCCGCCACCCCUGCAGACCGGCGGAACGAGGGAGACCAUCAAACGCGAGGCCUCCUCGGCGCCCUCGGCCACCUCGCCGCCCUCGGGCAAGUGGGGGCCGCUCAAGAAGAGCAAAGAGCAGCCGGACCGUGCCCUGGACAUGAGCGGGGCCGCCAGAGGACACGGCCACUUCUUCGGCAUCGUGGGCGGCUCCCCAGCUGGGGGCGGCGGUCUGGCCUUCUGCCCUGGCAUGCGCUCGGCUUUCAAGCCCGCCGGCUUGGCCAGGGCGGCCGCGGCCACUCAUGGCGACCCCUACCGGGAGGAGGGCGGCGGCAAGCUGGGGACGGGCCUAGCCUUGGGCAGGCUGUUGAGCGGGGGCCGGGCGGGCGGACGCCCCGGGAGCGGAGACAAUCCGGCGGCGGGCGGCGCAGGCCACCACCAUCACCACCACGCGCACCAUCACCACCACCACCCCAAGUGCCUGCUCGCGGGCGACCCGCCGCAGCCGCCUCCGCCUGGCCUGCCCUGCUCGGGGGCCCUGCGCGGCUUCCCUCUGCUGCCGGUCCCCCCGGAAGAGGCGUCCGCCUUCAAGCACGUGGAGCGCGCCCCGCCCGCUGCCGCCGCACUGCCGGGAGCACGUUACGCGCAGCUGCCCCCCGCGCCUGGGCUGCCCCUCGAGCGCUGCGCUCUGCCGCCCCUCGACGCGGGCGGGCUCAAGGCCUAUCCGGGUGGCGAGUGCAGCCACCUGCCCGCCGUCAUGCCGGCCUUUACCGUCUACAACGGGGAGCUGCUCUACGGCUCACCGGCCGCUGCCGCUUAUUACCCUCUCAAACUGCACUUUGGCGGGCUGCUCAAGUAUCCGGAGUCUAUCUCCUACUUCAGCGGGCCCGCGGCGGCCGCCCUGAGCCCAGCCGAGCUGGGCUCCUUGGCUAGCAUCGACCGAGAGAUCGCCAUGCACACGCAGCAGCUGUCCGAGAUGGCGGCCGGGAAGGGACGCGGCCGACUGGACUCGGGGACGCUGCCGCCGGCCGUCGUGGCGGCGAGUGGCGCUGGGGGCGGCGGCAGCGGGGGCGGCGGCGCGGGCAAGCCCAAGACCGGCCACCUGUGCCUCUACUGUGGCAAGCUGUACUCACGCAAGUACGGGCUCAAGAUCCACAUGCGGACGCACACGGGCUACAAGCCGCUCAAGUGCAAGGUAUGCUUGCGACCCUUCGGCGACCCCAGCAAUCUCAACAAGCACAUCCGGCUGCACGCCGAGGGUAACACGCCCUACCGCUGUGAGUUCUGCGGCAAGGUGCUUGUACGCCGCCGGGACCUGGAGCGCCACGUCAAGUCCCGCCACCCAGGCCAGAGCCUGCUCACCAAAGCGGGAGACGGCCAGGGCGUGGAACCCGGCUAUCCCCCGGAGCCUGAGGAUCCCAAGAGCGACGAUAGUGACGUGGACGUCUGCUUCACCGACGACCAGAGCGAUCCUGAGGCCGGUGGCGGCGGCGGGCGUGACUCGUAA